AUGGCUCUUCGACUCGUUGUCAGCUCUGCUCUGCGUCCGGCUCUUAACAGCCAGGUGAAUAUUUUAUAAAAACUCAGAAAAUGAAGGAAAACAUUAUUUCAAUUCUGGAAUGAAAUUCAUUUUGAGAAAAAGAGUUUCUGUCAAUAAGUAACGGAUGAACUAUUUGAAACGGAUGAUAAAAUAUGUUCUGGGCAGUUGGGGUUAGAAUUUGAUGUUUCUUGCAGGUUCGCAAUGCCUCUUCGGCUGUUUCUGUGAAAGAUGUGCUCGCCAAUGCUCCACAAGCUGAGGUCACCACCCUGAAGAACGGAUUCCGUGUUGUUACCGAAGACAACGGAACCGCCACCGCCACUGUCAGUUUUGUGUUUGCAUUCUGAAAAACAUUGAUUUUUGUUCAGGUUGGAGUUUGGAUUGAGACUGGAUCUCGAUACGAGAACGAGAAGAACAACGGUGUCGCCCACUUCCUCGAGCGACUCAUCCACAAGGGAACCGGAAAGAGAGCAUCCGCCGCUCUUGAAUCUGAGCUCAAUGCCAUCGGAGCCAAACUUAACUCCUUCACCGAGCGUGAUCAGACCGCUGUCUUUGUUCAAACCGGAGCUCAAGACGUUGAAAAAGGUAAAAUUCGUAACUGAAAGGCACAUAUAAAUAGUAAAAACGAGUUUGCAGUCGUCGACAUUCUUGCUGAUGUCCUUCGCAACAGCAAGCUCGAUUCUGCGGUAAUUGAUUCCCAGAAGGCUGUUCUCCUGAAGGAACUGGAAGCCUCUGAUGACUACCAUCAACUUGUUCUCUUCGAUAUGCUUCACGCCGCCGCUUAUCAAGGAACUCCUCUUGCUCUCAGCGUCCUCGGAACUAGCGAAAGCAUUCCGGUCAGUAAAUUAAUAUGUAUUUCCACUCAUAAUUAUAUUAUUUCAGAGCAUCACCGCUCAACAGCUGAAAGAGUGGCAAGAGGAUCACUACAGACCAGUCCGCAUGGUCCUCUCUGCCGUCGGAGGAGGAGUUUCGAACGUUCCAAGCCUCGCCGAAAAGUACUUCGGAGAUCUGAGCAACGAGUAUCCGAGAAAGGUUCCACAAGCCGAAGGAACCCGAUUCACCGGAUCUGAGUACAGAUACCGCAACGACAAUGUGCCGCACAUGUAUGCUGCCUUCGCCGUUGAGGUAAAAAAGAAAUAUUUGAUUACUUUUUGAAUGUAACCCAACAGUUAGAACAAGUUGACAACCUGUUACAGUCCGGGUAAAUUUGGCAGCCUUACGGCUGUUAAAUUUUUUUCGAACCGGCCCCUCCGACUCGCCUGUCCCAAACUGCCGGCGCUCAACUCAAAACACCUAUGAUGUAACCGUUUUUCAGGGAGUCGGAUAUGCCCACAAGGAUGCCCUCGCUCUUCAAAUUGCCAGUCAGUUCAUCGGUUCGCUUUCUUCCUUCUAUUUUAAACCAAUGAUGUUUGUUUUAGGACAAUGGGAUGUGACUCACGCCACCUCGAGAACCGCCGCUUCCCGUCUUGUCCAGAAAAUCGGACAUGACCACGGACUUCAGAAUAUCCAGCAUUUUAACAUCAACUACAAGUAUGCGAUCUCGUGUUUGUUUCUGUUCACAUGAAGAAUUCAUUCCAGGGACACUGGACUGUUCGGAAUUUACUUUGUUGCUGAUGGUCACGAUUUGAACGAUACCAGCGGAAUCAUGAAGUCCGUUGCCCACGAAUGGAAGCAUUUGGCCUCUGCUGCCACCGACGAAGAAGUCGUUUUGGCCAAGAACCAAUUCAGAACCAAUUUGUACCAAAACCUUGAGACCAACACCCAGAAGGCCGGAUUCAACGCCAAGGAGGUAAAAUAUGUCUUCAUUUUCUCUUUUCAAUAUUGUUUUCAGCUCUUGUACAGCGGAAACCUGAGACAACUUUCGGAGCUUGAGGCUCAAAUCCAGAAGGUUGAUGCCGGAACUAUCCGCGAGGCCAUCUCCAGACACGUGUACGAUCGUGACCUUGCUGCCGUCGGAGUUGGACGCACGGAAGCCUUCCCGAACUACGCCCAUGUUCGCGCCGGCAUGUCGUGGUGGAGAUUGUAA